GUUGAGUAUUGAGCGCACUGUUAGUGACGGAGCACACUUUGGACAAUAAUGUGUAAACAUUGUGUAAACUGACAUCAUGUAGUGCUGAUAAAUACCAACAUUUUCUGAAAAAUACACGCCUAGACGUUUGUGCCGAGAAGAAUGAUACGCACAUCUCAAAAUUACCGUUAUAUUAGAAAAAAGUCUAUUGACUAGUACCACGGAAGAACACCAAAAUGCGCAGGAAAGUCACUAACUUUGUACUAGAAAUUGAAGUGCACGCUGCUACUUGCCCAGGUGUGUGGCUGUGCCCUGAUGGAGAGGUUUCUGUUAAAUUGAAGUUAUUUGGUGAUUUUGCUGAAACAAUGCAUGUUGAACCUGUUUUUCCCAUGCUGUUUCAUGAAAAAUUUACAUUUCAAAAGAUAUUUCCAGAUAUUUCUUUCUUAACUGAUUUGCAAGAAGCUUUGGAAAAAGAAAAAUUGUAUGUGGAUUUGAUUCAGUGGUCAAUAAUGGGAUCAGAAUCUGUGUUGGCCACAUUUGAGACAACACUGAUGGAUCUGUUGUAUCCUAGCUCAUGCAGGAGGAAAACUACUGAAGCUGACUUACUAAUGGAUCCAACUGAUGCCUUUCCUGGAAUCUUGUCACCAAAACUUGAAACCUCUACCAAAACCACAAUAGAGGAAAUCAUAUUGACAGAGAGUGAAUUACUUGAUGUCUCUACACCAUCAGCUGUGAAUGCCUCGAAAUAUGAACUAGAAAGGUAUGUUGUGCCCAGUAUCCGAGAUGCAAUAAAGAGACAACGGAAGGUAUGCCAUACCAGACUUAUUCAUGAGAAAAAAGGAGCAAACUGCAGUUACACGCUAUCACAAUCUCUGCAUGAGAAAAGUAGAAGACAUAGCCCUUUUUCAGGCAGAAAUCUUGACACCACUGUAAAUACAUAUGAAAGCUUUUUGAACACCCCUUCAAAACGUGGGAGGAAAAAAGACUUUUUGAAGGAAACACCAUUAGGGCAGUGGACUUCUGUCUCAUCCUGGUCUGAUGAAUCACCAAUAAGACACAGCAGUGCAAUUAACAAGACCAGAAAGAAUAGAAAAACUGGAACAGGUUCAUCAUCCAGUGGUGGUAAAUCCCCAUUGCGGAGGAAUACUACAUUCACAAAUCAGAAGAGUGCAAGAAUUGAAAUAGAUCCUGAAAGAUCAGUUAAUGUUCCUGAACCACAUGACACUAGUUCCUGCUUGAUGUGCAGCCAGUACAACUCAGUUUUUGAAGAUGAUAAUGGUAACGAGAAGAAAGACAUCUAACAAAGAAGUAUGUGCUGUAAGACGAAGAAUCAACAGAGUUUCUUUCAGUUCCAACUGAUUGAUAACAUCAGCGACUACUGAGCUAUGGGCAGCUGUCAGUCAUAAGAUACACGGUUUUCCUUGUGCAUUAUCCUUUUGGAACUGUAUUCAUUAAAAGCUCUCUCAAGUAACUACUCUUUUAUGUCAGUAAACAGCUUUAAAAAAUGAAUAUAACCACUUUUUGCAUUUUAUCUGUUUCAUUUUAUUCCACCAAAGAGCACUAUAUUUUACAUGAAGUAACUGUUUUAGAAUAUUUUAUACUAUCUUGCAUAUUAGCAGCCUAAAAUAAGUUGUUGUUAUUAUUGUUGUUAUUGUUGUUUUACUCACCCACAGACCUUUUUUUACAAGGAUACUGAACAUGUCAUGGUAUUACAAUUUAAGAGCAUGAAAAAAAGUCAUGUAUGUUUAUGUAC